UGCCCAACCAUAUUGUUUUGGGACAGCCUUGGUUUCAUGAUCGACAAGUUCGGCUAGUUAGUAGAAGGAGCAAGAAAUUUCGUUUGCAGAAGCAAAACAUGGUAGUCAUUCUGGUUCCUUUGUCUCCAGACGCAGCUGCCGAAGACCUGAAGGUGGUACAACGACUCCACAAGGAUUACAGGUCGUCGUUGAUGGCCAGGUCGCUGCCAGUGAGCAGCAACUCUAUCCAACCUCGGCUGGGAGAUGGAGACCCCUGUCUUUUUGUGACGAAACAGAGCUCCGACGCCAGCAGUAGUGCCGACGACGACGAGGCGAAACCCGAGCACAAGGGCGCUUCCAAUUCGUCCCUAGAGGUUGAAGGUAUGUCAAGAAAGCGAGAAGAAGGCUCGAAAUUGACCACCAUCGCGCGAAUCGACCCGACGACGAGAGCAGAGUUUCUCGACUAUGUUUUUUCGACGACAGAACAGAGCAUGAGAGAGGGAGUAUCGGGUGGAGCUCUGCAGAGUACUCCGACCCACUCCAAGGAGACCGACACACUCCAUUCUGCCUUAAGAACCUCUCAACUCGACCAAUUUGAAACGAUUACUUCAAUUUUUCAGAAUCAAGAUCGAGCUCCAAAGCCUCUGGUCGCGCACAGGGAAGAAGAAAAAGUUUCCGAAUUGGUUGGGGUGAUCGAGCGAGAUUCGACCCAAACAGCUAUCGUGGAAUCAUCUGAGAAGAUCUCAGGAAGCUAUUUGAAUGCUAAAUUGAAGUCGGGGAUGAUCGAGCAGAAAACGCCCAAAAUUGAAAAUUUUGGCCGAAAAUUGGAAGAAAAACAGAAGGAUUCAAUUCGAGCUACUGGGAUUGAUUCGAUCCAAUUGGAAGCUUUUAAAAAGUUCAGGGUGGUCCGAGGAUGGUGUAGAAUCCAAGAAUUGAGCACGAAGAUGCCAGAAUUGCAAUUCCCCAAUUUCAAUUUUGGGUCGCCGGAUUCUGGAAUUGCAACGCUGGCUUCUGGGCAAUUCAAAAUCCCAGGCGGCGGGAAAUCUGUUUAUUCUUAUUGGAGACGAAUUGCUCCACUUCGACGCACAAGGAUGCUUGGAGACGAUCCUUGGAAUCCAUACGGACCGGAUGGAGGCCAUGAAUUCGAUCAAGACAGCUCCGAGAAGAAACACCCAAUUUUGGAGCCCUCGCCGGAAAAUAUGGACUCGCCGGAAUCUGCAUUCUUUUGGCCGGAUUCUGGAAAAUUUCAAGGCCUUAUUCUGGGUCCGAUUUUGCACACUUGUUUCGUGGGGAAGGUCCAUUGGAGCCCCACGAUUGUGUUGAAGCUCAAAUCGUGGAGAACACAGGCCAAUUUAUGGGCUGGAGCAGAAUUUGAAGUUCGAAAUUUUUUGCCGAAAAUUGUGUUUGAGCAGGCCACUUUCGAUCCAGUUUGGAAUAAAUUUUGCAAAGAUUUUGACAAAAGAAAGUUUCAAGCUUUGAGGUCAAAGCUUUUUGAAGAGGGGGAGCCUGAUACGAUCCUGGAAUCGAUCGAAUUCCAUCCAGGAUUAAUCGUCAAAGAGGCCAAGUCGAAUUGCAAAGUAAAAGCUGAAAAUUGUCCAAGUCAAAAUCCGUGUUCAGGGUACAUACUUUGGAGACAUGGUUCUCUCAAUCGGCUUGGUGGAAAUUCAAGGUUAAGGGUUUGUUUUGCAGAUAAAGUUGUCAUGUUUUCAAUGGUAUGCUUGGUGGAACCAGAUGAUGUCAUUAAGGUUGUUUUCCAAGGCCUCAAAGUUGCUACCUCAAAACUGGAAAACUGCCAGAAAAUGGUUAAGUCUGGAAACUGUUUUGUGAAGCCUAAUUUGGAGCUCAAUUCAAGGAGCAUGGAUAUGAUUCGAGACCAAAGGCUUCUACAACAUGAAACUAGGAAUGUUUAUCUACCAAGGGAAGGAAUGGGAUGAAAGAUCGGAGUUCUAGAAGGCCUUGUAAGAAAGGUGUGAAGUUAGU